GACAGAGCCGUUCUUUUCUUCAUUCUUCAUUAAUUAAUUGGAUCUUCAGAAAAGAUCUCUUUCGAACGCGAAGGAACGACGCGGCAAGUUCCCCGUCAAUCAGUUUGAUGAGCCACAAACGAGACGAACCACCAAAACAACGACAGGGAAAUCACUCAUCAGUAUCACAAAAGACUCUACCAUACAAUGGCCAACAAUAAUGCAGAAAUGAACAGUUUGGUGGAGGAGAUGACUGGACUAAUCUCCAAGCAAGACACGGCAGGGCUCAAGACAAAACUGCAAACGAUCCAAAAAGAAGCCAAAUCUCAAGAACUGGUGGAUUUUGUGGUUCCACUCCUCUUUGAACCAGACGACCAAGCCGCACUCUCCUUGGUCGGUUGCUUGGUAUCGGUCGACGCGACAACCUACUUGAAACCCGUGUCUCGCAAAGUCCAACAAGAAGCCAUGAUCCGAGCUUGCUCUGAAAAACCAAUGGCUGUGUCUCUUCCAUUUCUGGCCGUCAUUGUCCAACAACUCAACGGAACAGAUGUGGAGGUAUCCAGCAAUGCCACGGAAUCCUUGGUGGCAUGUUGUCGAAAGCUAGGACCAUCGCUGUGGGAUCCUGCCAUUGACUUGGUGUUGUCAACGUGGAAACAAGCCUGGAACGGAAUGACAGCGACCAAUAAAACCGUCAACAGUACCAUUUGCGUCCGUUGUGCUACUGCCAUGAUGGAUCUAGCAGCCGUCCACGACACUUUGAUGCAACGCGUCAUUGCCACGGGAGGAACCGACUUGCUCUUGCUGGCCGUCAAAUACGAAGCCGAUCCUCUGUUGCAAAUGACCAGUCUCGAUUUACUCGAACGCUUGGCUGUCACACAACCGAUGCAUCCCCAACGAUCCCAAUGGCUCUGUUCUCCAUCCGUCUUGUCUCCUUUGCUGGACAUGUCGGGGGCUCAUGCCGACGCACCGGAUCCCAUUUUAGGAGGACCCGCCUUGCGAGUCUUGUCUUGUAUUUGUCGACUGGGCCAACAACACGAUAAUAAUAAUGCGUCGAACAAUGAUGCCUUGUUGGGAUUUCACAAGGCAUUGCAAAAGUUUCAAGGAACGGGCGAAUUGGAUCGGUUGGCGCUUGUGGAUGCCAUUUCCUCCUUUGCAUCGGCGUCACCGGCAGCCCUCGAAUUGGUCUUGAAUGAUCCAAUGACACGAGAAGGAUGGUUGUCACUCGCAGUGGCACAACCCAAACUCAAAGCCGUCAUUCUCACAUCCGUGGCCAUGGUCAUUGAUCCACCCAAACAAAACGAACAAGACAAUGACAACAACAAUAAUGACAACAACAGCAGCAAUCUGGCCAUGAAAUUAUAUGCCGCUCUGGGACAAACCAACUCGAAUGACGGGAAUUCCACCGACGUGGUAUUGGCGCUGGCGAAAUCGCCACUGCCCGAAACGCGUCUCGGGGCUUACAAUCUCAUGAGGGCCAUGGCCAACACACCCACUGGGUCGCAGGUACUACUGACCCAUCCAGGAUUCUAUGUCUUCUUGAUUAGUAGAGAAGGCGAGACCACCAAGGAAGGAAAGGAAGCGAAAUAUGCCGUCGUACAAGCCGUCAUGAAUAGUCCCGUCAAGGGAUUGCUGGCCGCAGACAUUCUCCAAACGCUCGACCGGAUACUCAAGGAAGGACCUCACUUUGUACAACCCAUUCGACCCGAUUUGAUGACAGAGUAAAUAAAUUAUUAAAUACAUGUACAAACAAACGAAUGCGUCUACAACGGGAUAUUUGUAUGUUUCUAUU